AUGAACAACUCAAGCCAUCUAGAGAGUUUGGCCGAAACUAUCAGUGCAGCCGCCAAGGUCAUUAGUGGGUAUUGCACUCUCGAUGAGAGCCCACAUCCGUCUUUGAGUCCGGACGCCCCAUCGGUAGUCCUGCCUCACACGGCCCCGGAAUAUGUUCGACAAGCCCGCCAACAGCUCCUCUCUGCUGCCAAAGAGGCGCUUCAAGUGGCGGCGGAGCCUUGUGAAUAUCUCCCGAUGCUAGCCGUUCAAUACCAAUAUAUUGCGUGCAUCAAAUGGUUGGCGCAUUUCCAAGUCUUCGCUGCGGUGCCCUUAACGGGCUCCGUCCCGUAUUCCCAGUUGGCAAGCAUCUGCUCCGUGCCAGAGCGGCAAUUGAAGAGCGUAGUUCGCAUGGCCAUUACAAGUGGCUGCCUGUGUGAGCCCCAACCGGGCGAAAUUGCGCAUAACCCCACUUCCAGGCAGUUUGUCACUCUUCCUGCCUAUCUAGGCUGGAUUAGGUUCAUGACCGACUUCUAUAUGCCUGUCUCUUCCCAGAUGGCAGAGGCGACCGAGAAAUGGGGCGAGUCUGAGCAGCCUACUGAAACAGCGGUCAACUUGGCCAUGAAUACGCCCUUGUCUGCUUUUACCUUCAUUACCCGCUCGCGGGAGUUUAAUAAACUCUUCGGCGGCUAUAUGAAAGGAGUCUCUGCCAGCGAGGGUACAGCUGUACGGCAUCUGAUCGCAGACUACGACUGGGCUCAGCUGAAUCAAGCCCUUGUGGUUCAUAUCGACGGUGGCCCAGGAAACGUCUGUGUAGCGCUAGCUGAGGCCUUCCCUCGACUACGAUUUGUAGUGCAAGACACAGCCGAGCAGACUAACCAGAGCCGCUCGUUCCUGAAAUCGCAGCCAGAGGCUAUUCGCUCGGUCAUUGAGGCCAGCGUUUACGACCACUGUAGUGCGCAGCCGAUUCAGAACGCUAAUGUGUAUCUGCUACGAAUGGUACUUCACAAUCAUGCGGAUUCCAACGCCAUUCGUAUCCUCGCCCCCUUGGUGCAGCCCCUGCGUUCAAACCCAGAUUCCCGGCUGCUCAUCAUUGACACAGUGCUUCCUGAGCCAGGUCAAGUCGGUGUUCUGGAUGAUGCACUCCAGAGGUACCGGGAUCUGACCAUGCAGCAAGUUUUUAAUACCAAGGAGAGGGAUUUGACUGAAUUCCAGCGGAUUUUGGACGCGACCAGUGAUGGUGCCGGGCGGCUGGCUGUGCAGAAGGUUCGUAGGUCGCCAGGCUCCGCGCUCUCUGUCAUUGAGGUUGCAUAUGAGAGCUACGCCAAUGCGAAUGGGAAUAGAAAUGGGAAUGGCGCCUUUCAGGAAUUUGGAUAUUGA